GUGUGAGAGACAGAGGCCACUUUUUACUGCUAAAGGAUAAAGCAUCGUUUUUUAUGUUUUGAGGCCAAAGAUCAUUCAGAAUUGCCGGAUCAGCAUGGAGGACAGCAGUGGAGUUUCCAUCCUGGUCCCCCACUCUAGAGGCCAACAGGAGACUGUCUUCAUCCCUGAAAGGGUGGAAACGCCCCCAGGUACCCUGAUUGGGCCUGGGGAUGACGACCAGAGGCAGCAGCAAAAACAGGCCGCAGACUCCCUCAUCGAGGUGAUCGAGAAGCUCAGCAAGAUCGUGGAGAAGCGCCCACGUCGAUGCACCCUGGCUGGGAAGAAGAGAGCUCUCAUGUCCUGCGCCUCCAUCAGAGUCCCAGAGAUCAGGGAGGGCAGUGGUGGGUCCUCCCCCUGCAAGAGAGCCCGGGAGUUGAAGGAAGAGGUGAAAGAGGAGGAGAUCCAGCCAGUCAACAGUGCCCCCGCUGGCAGCAGUAGGACCAUCACCUGUUACCAGUGCAGCCUGUGUCGGUUCCUGUCCCCGACCUUGAGCCUGCUGAAGGAGCACCUGCGGCAGCACGAUGAGCAGCACAGUGACCUCAUCCUUAUGUGUUCUGAGUGUCGCUUCACCUCCAGCCACCAGGAGGAGCUAGAGGCCCACGUCAGGCUCCACUUUGAGGGCAGCAACUCUAACAAGAAUCCUGUAUCCAGCCAGCAGGCCAGCGAGGGGAAUGAGGGGUUAGGGAUGGGGGGUAGUGUGGAGGAGGCUGUGUUCAAAACAGCCAUGGACUGUGCUGAGGAGAUCCCUGAAAAGAAGUGGUACAGCUAUGAGGAGUAUGGGAUGUACCGCUGCCUGAUUUGCAGCUAUGUGUGUGGACAGCAGCGAAUGCUAAAGACCCAUGCAUGGAAGCACGCAGGUCUGGUGGACUGCUCUUACCCUAUCUUUGAGGACGAGGCAGUGGCACCUUCCAGACAAGAAGCACCAGCACCUCCUGUGGUUCCUCCUGCAGAGGAAGCCAUAGUGGUCCUCACCCCGGUACCAGAGAAAUCCCAGAACCUCAACAAGAUGUCCACCUUCCAGAUCGAGCUCUGUGCCCCUGUGGCGGAGUGUGGGAAUGAGGCCAUGACAGAAGCAAUCACAGAGGAGAGCCCAGUGGAGGGGCCGUAUCCCUCUAAAGACCCUGUCACUGAGGAGCCAAUGUUGGAGGUACAGGUGACCACAGAGACGGAGGUGGAACUUCUGCAGGACUGUCGUCAAAUUACCAGCACAACAGACAGCCUCCUGUCGUCAGCCCAGAAGAUCAUCAGCUGCAGCCCCAACAGUGCCGGCCAUAUCAACGUCAUAGUGGAGCGACUGCCCUGCGCAGAGGAACCUGUGGCCACCCAGCCCCUCCCCCUCCUCCCCAGCCCAGAGGUGGGCAGAGACAAGAGCCUGCUGGCUGCAGAGGAGGCGAGCCAUGUGGAGAACCAGCCAAUGUUUGCUUACAAUGAGGGGCAGCAGCAGGAGGUGGUGAUUGGCUGGAGCAACAGUGAGAGGCAGCAGACCAACACUGACCCUCCACGUGACGAGAACGCUCCCCCAGCCCGCAGAAGGACCCACUCUGAGUCUCUGAGGCUGCACUCCCUGGCUGCUGAAGCCCUGGUGGCCAUGCCCAUGAGGACCGUGGAGCACAUCAGGAGCAUCGUGGGCCAGUGCUCCCAGAGCCCUGACACGGGCCAGAGGCUCCUGGAGAUGGCCAUAGCAGUAGCAACCGACAGAGCCCCUGCAGCGGUAGAGGAGCUGGCUGGCAUGGGUAGCGUUGGGGCAGCCCUGGUAGACCUGGAACUGCAGGGGUCCAGAGAGGACGGGCUGGCCGAGGGCCCCGCCAAGGCUGGCAUCAGCCUGUCCCUGCUGACGGUCAUAGAGAGGCUGAAGGAGCGCUCGGACCAGAACGCCUCGGACGAGGACAUCCUGAAGGAGCUCCAGGACAACGCCCAGAGCCAGCACGUUGGGGGGGUCAGCGGCUGUGUAGGGGGGGACCCAGGUAACCCUGGUGGAGGUCUGGUGGACUACAUCCCUGGCAGCGAGAGGCCCUACCGCUGUCGCCUGUGUCGCUACAGCAGCGGGAACAAGGGCUACAUCAAGCAGCACCUGCGAGUACACCGCCAAAGACAGCCCUACCAGUGUCCCAUCUGUGAACACAUUGCCCCAGACAGCAAAGAUCUAGAGAGCCAUAUGAUCAACCACUGCAAGACCAGGAUGUACCACUGCAAGCAGUGUACUGACGCCUUCUAUUACAAAAGUCAGCUGAGGAACCACGAGAGAGACCAGCACGGUUUGGGCGACGCCAACGCAACACUAACCCCUGUCACUGAAACCACGGCAACCAUGGAGGAAUCUGAAAAGAUGACAGAUGAUGACUCCAUCAGUUCGCAGAAGGUGUACAAAUGUGAUGUGUGUGAUUACACCAGCUCCACGUACGUUGGUGUUCGGAACCACCGGAGGAUCCAUAACUCUGACAAGCCUUACAGGUGCUGCAGCUGUGACUUUGCCACGACCAACAUGAACAGCCUGAAGAGCCACAUGAGGAGACAUCCUCAGGAGCACCAGGCUGUCCAGCUACUGGAGCAGUACAGGUGUUCACUGUGUGGCUAUGUGUGCAGUCACCCUCCGUCCCUUAAGUCUCACAUGUGGAAGCACGCUGGCGAUCAGAACUACAACUACGAGCAGGUGAACAAGGCCAUCAACGAGGCCAUCUCCCAGAGCAGCCGUUCCCCCAGUGCCCCUCAGAAGGUUUCCGCAGUGGGGGAGGCAGUGGCAGAGCAGUCUGGUGUGGUGCAGGGUGGGAAGGAGAAGGAGAGGGUCUCGGUGGACCCAGCCCCUCUAGCAUGGGUCCCUGUGGACAGUGUGGGAGGUGGUGGCGGCUCAGGGUCAUCAACAGAGCUCAUCCAGUGGUCCUCCAGAGAGCAGGCCCCCCAGCGCGACACCCCCCAGCACAGCCCCCCAGGGAAGGAGGGGGUUCAGUCCCGGGCCGGCAUGGAGUAUUGUGUACUGCUGUUCUGUUGCUGUAUAUGUGGCUUUGAGUCUACCAGCAAGGAGAGACUGAUGGAGCACAUGAAGGAACAUGAGGGAGACAUCAUCAGCAUCAUCCUGAACAAGGAGCAGCAGCAGCAGGGAGCAGCCCAACCAGCAGAGGGCAGCACAGCACAGUGAGACAGCAUUUACCCUGUACCCCUCCCCUUACCCCAACAGAGAGCCAGGAACCUUCCCCCACACUCACACUGAGUCUGACUUAACAGGGAAGUAAUGUACCAGGCAUCUUGUUUUCUGGUUCUUAAUUUUAUGUACUUAACAGAAGGUUACAAAAGUGUAUCAGUUGGAACUCAGACAUACAGAAAAAUAGAAAUUGGAAAAUUCACAUUUCAAGGCAUUGCAGUAGAAUGUUAUACCUGAACAUUAGUUCAGACACAUUUAAUACCUCAGCAAACACGCAUUUCCGUAUUUACAAAUGGAGCUCAGUCCAAUUUCCUCAGCAAUCAUAUAUUGACCACACGGCAGCUUUUCUAUUGAAAUACUGUAAUAUAAUUUAAUAUAUUUAAUCCUUCACAUUUAUAGUUUCUGUGGCACCUGCACUAGGCUAUACAGAGAUGCCAUCUAGUUGCAUGUUGUGUUCUUCAUAGCUAUAUUCAAUAUGGGUUAAUACAACCUGGUCUCAGAGCUGUUUGUAUUAUUCUGUAUGUAAAUCUGAAACAAUCGAUUUAGUAUGAUAUGUUACGUUUCGUGUGGUGUAUUAAUUAGUGGAAGUCAUCACCCAUUUCGUGUGAUAUGUUACGUAUUACAAUUCGUAUUAUAUGUUCUGAAUUUGCCAAACGUAUGCUAUGUUACGAAUUCUAGAUAGGUGGCUAAUGUUAGCUGUUACGAAUUUGCAAAACAUACAAUAUGUUACGAAUUUGCAAAAUGUAUGAUAUGUUACGAAUUCUAGCUAGGUGGCUAACGUUACGUAUUGUACGUCUUGCAAAAUUCGUAACAUUUUUGUAAAUUUGUAACAUAUACGAAAUUGUAAUUCGUAACAUAUCAUACGAAAUGGAUGAUUGACUUCACAAAUUAAUAAAUACCAUACAAAAUGUAACAUAUCAUACUAAUUUGAGUGUCCUGGAUUUACAUUUACUAUGUUACGUCUAGUCUAUGAGACCAGGCUGGUUAAUAAUAUGUAUCAAUGUAGGCCUAUGCAUGUUGGUUUCCGUUAUGUUGAAGCAAAGGAGAAGCGUUGUUUUGUUCACUGUUUGAUGCUAUUUUGACCUAUUGGACCUCUGCUACGUUAUGGUAAUGAUGGGUCACUUGAGGGUGGUUUCCUAAAGCUGUAGGAUAGAUAUACUAUUAACAAGUUGUUGUUUUACCAACAUUCACCACAGCAUCAAGGCUUCUUGAGGCAGAAAGAGGUUAGGGAGGAAUUUUAGGUAUGAUCAGUAAAUUAUGGUGCAUUUUAGUGGUCGUAUUAGACCCAGGUGUUAUGAUGGAGAGAUGGUAAAUGGACAAUCAUUGAAACUUUGAUUGCAGCCAACACCCAACUGUGUUUAGCUUAGGCUACCUGUAGUUACUUUAGUGAAAGUAUUACUGUUCUGAUUAUGAUAAUCAUUUCUAGAUUCAUGUUUUAGCUAAAUAAUUGGCAAGUUUAUCACUUGAAUAUGUUAAGCAAUUUCCAAAGUUUCUCCAUAUAGGCCUAGCACUUGCAGAUAAUGGAUAGAUGGAGUGAUUGACAUCCUAGCACAGAGAAGUGUUAGUAUACCAAACCUUUAUGAGAACAAAGGAACAGCAGGUUCAUUAGUAGCCCAUCUCUAAUCUGUGCUGUAUUGACCAACAGUAGAGGUUGAUAUAUGAACAGCUUUUCAAGUGAUAGGCCUAUAGGCUACUGUAGACUGACAUUGAAUAUCUGUUUCCGUUUGACUACCUCUGCUAAUGUAUUUCCAAACUUCACUCACCUUUCCAUUUAGUUUCACACUAAACAUGCUUGGUAUGCAGAUUGGUGACUUGGUAAUCAUUUGCAUGCCCUUACUGUUUUUAUGUAGACAGAUAGGUAUAGGAAAUUAUGAUCGAAUUAAAUAUCCAUAAUUCAUGGGAUUUCUGGAUUGCAUUUGUGUAGCUCAAUGUGUCAAAUAAAUUAAAUCGUUAUCUUCUGCCCGCUGAAAUUCUAAUUCUAAUGGCAGAUUAUUAUUGUCUCACGUUAAUUUACAAUUCAAAGUACUAGUGUCAGGAAGACAGUGACACCGUCUGCAUUUAAACCACACUUAAUUCCCCUCACCCUCAUUUACAUAGUUUGCAUUUUGAAAGAGUGGUUCAGUGAAUUAAAGCAAGAGACAACCAAGGAGAACCUCAUGCUGAUCAUAGGCCACUUUCUGCUACGUAUAAUCUAUCAAGGUUUAUAACAGCAGCUUUACAUGAUUAUAUUCUAUUAGUGGACGUACUGUAGUGCAGCUUCUUACUGUAUCUUUCUGAGAGCCUAAUAAUCUUCUUACCUUGGCAGACCAUACAGAGGGGAUACAGUGGGAAAGGGAACUGACUAUGGGCCUAACUGAAUUGAUCGGUGGUUUUGGGGUCAGAUGUGCAAAUAGUUUUGGAUAGAUCUGACAUUGUAUUUCUUGUGGGAAAGCUUCAGGUUAUUUUAAUGUUCAUUUUACCCAUGCGGAGUUGGCUAAAUGUGUCAUUUGUGAAGCCAGUUUAUUAUUUCUGGAGCUUAGCUUUUGUUUGUUUGUUCAAUAUUUACAUUGUCACAUGUAGGAACUUGAAACCUUAUAUCCAGGACUAAAUCUGUUCAUCUUAUGAGUGUUGAGCGUGAAAAACACAUCAGUGUUGCAGUUCUUGACACUCAAACCGGUGUGCCUGGCACCUACUACCAUACC